AAUUCACAUAUUUUUUGGUGUUGCUAUUUAAUUAAUAUAAUAGUUGUUUUGUUUUUUUUUGUACGUUUCCAUGGAACACAUUGUCCUGUCAUAUUGACUAUUUCAAGCUAUUACUAGUUUGGUGUAUAGAGAACAGCUAGAAAAGCAUAUAAUUAAUAACAAUAGACGAAAUGUCAAGUUUGAGCCUUUAAAUAAUAAUGACACAAAAGUUUUUUCAUUUGGCUUAGAUUUUUACGACGACCCGAGAAUACGUCAUGACGCCAUUGAGUAUAUCUCACCUUUGACCUUUGAAGUCACAUGCUGGGGGAUUUUCCUUACAUCAGACUCAAAUUUAUGGAGUUAUCAUGACAGUUUAUUGAAUACUUUUAUCCGAAAUGUGAUAAAAACGUAAAUUAAACCCCGUUAAUCUUAAAAGUGUAUUUGAUUAUCUGGAAAAAAAAAUACAUGUUUUGCAAUUUGUUGGCAUGCCUGUGACAUCUGAGCAACAUGAGUCCUUUCUAUUUUUGUCACCGUUUCUGGUUGAGACUUUUGAAGACUUUGCUUGUCAGACAUUCUGCCUCCUCUUUAAAAAAGACGGAAUUAUUCAGAUCUAUAACAUGUAGAUCUGUGUACAGGCACAGUUUAAAUCAAAUGGACCUGAAUGAAAUCUGAAGAUGGAAGCUGGGUGUGAUUGAAGUCGGGCACCUCGACCUUAAGCUGAAACUCCACAAAAAUGGAGGCAAAUCGAGGAGGAAGGACCUUCCAGAGAUUUUCUGUCAACACCAACGAGUCCCUUCAUUUUGAACCCUGUGAGGACACCUCUUCAUCUCCCACCGGAAUAGAGCAUGAUGAAGAUAAUGUGUUCAUGAAAGAAGAAAAUGAGAGUGAAAUGACCUCAAUCAGGAACCGCUUGCAAGGCAAGGUUGCUGAGAUGGAGAACUUUGCUGGUCACCUGGAGGAGAUCUUUCUCACUGUUGAGGAAAACUUUGGCCGCCAAGAGCAGCACUUGGAGCAGCACUACAACGAUGUGCUGCAGACACUGUCCCAGCGACACAGUGAGAGGGCUGCCGGUCUGCUGGAGGAGAAGAAGAGUAAGAUGGAGGCUCUGUACAGUCAGCUGCUCUCCUGCGGUCAGGCGCUGGAUGCCUCCAAAGAGCUCAUUGAGACAGCCCAGGAGAUCUAUCGCACCCCAGACAAGAGGGUGUUCCUGAAGACAGUUAUUCCCAUCAUUAAAAGAAUUGAGAUGUUUGCCAAGGAGAAGGUUGAGCUCACAUUGUCCACAAAGCUUGAAUUUGAAACACCGCCAGCAGAUCUGUCAGAUGUCAAAACUAUGAUGGACUCCAUUAAUGCCGUCCCAGCUCCUUCUGCUCCAGUCAUCAACCCCCAGAUGUCCAACUCUGCCACCCAGACGUCUUUGCGUGUUUGCUGGAGUUUAUUCUCUGACGACACAGUGGAGUACUAUGACCUUUACUACAGGCCCGUGCUGGAGGACACGCCAGCAGACGGCUUCUGCGAACCACACGUAAGCACAGUGAAAGUGAAGGAGACUCACUGCACGGUGACAGAUCUGCUGCCUAACGCUCAGUAUGAGCUUUGGGUAACAGCUACCAACACCACAGGCAUCAGCCCAGCCAGUGAGAAGGCCUUAUACAUGACAGUGCCAUCGCCUCCAGUGAUCAAGCAGAGGGAGUGCACGAGCUGUCCGGACGCCGCCCUGAUCCGCUGGGAGUCAGGGAACACCAAUCCUGUGGACUCCUAUACGGUGGAGCUCAGUGAGAUGGAUACCGACGGCACACAAAGUACUGUUACUGAAUCCAUUGUUGCGGUGCCGACCUGUCAGUGUCUGAUCCAGCUGCUGUCAGGACGACGGUACCUGAUUUCUGUGAGAGCGGUCAACGUCGGAGGGCCCAGUGACAAGAGUGACCCAGUUUACAUCUCCACGUCAGGUACGUUCUUUUACUUUCUGGAGGAAACCGCCCAUCCCUGCCUGGCCAUCUCUGAAGAUGGUUUCACUAUAUUUUAUGGAGAUGAAGAACUGCCAAUAAGCGCCAUGGCUUUGGACGACAGCGCGUUUACCAGGUGCGUGGCCAUCCUGGGGGAUUUGAUCCCAGUGCGAGCGAGGCAUUACUGGGAAGUUGAGGUGGACGAGGGGACAGAGUUUCGCAUUGGAGUUGCGUACGAGGACACGGAGAGAAACUCAUACCUCGGCGUGAACGCGUCCUCCUGGUGUAUGAGACACAUUCUGAGUUCAUCCAGACACAAAUAUGAGUUUCUGCACAACGGCUGGAGUCCAGAUUUGAGGAUUACGGUGCAUCCGGUCCGAAUCGGAGUGGCACUUGACUACGACAGAGGAACUCUGUCCUUCUUCAAUGUGAAUCUGGAGCAGCACCUGCACACCUUCCAGUGCCACUUCAGGAAUUAUGUGCAGCCCUGUUUCAGCCUCGACAACCCGGGAUCUCUCACCGUCCACAACGCCAUCGAGGCUCCAGAGUACACAUUUAUUUAACGCAUCAACUCAAACUGCAGAUGAUGUUUGGGACUCAGCUACAGCUAAAUAAAUUUUAACCCUUUAAAGUUUGGAAUACAUUCAUAAUAUUUACAGAUUAAAGACCACUCAGGUUUCUCACUGGUUUUAUUAAAGUAUUCCAUGGGAACAGCCAUACACCAUUUUCCAAGAUAAGAAAAGGCUUCACUGAAUUUUACAAUAUGUAAGUUAACCUUCGGUAACUGAAGCAGGCCAAUAAAAUAUAAAGCUGG